UAGAGGGGAAGCGGCGAGCGUCGGUGGAGCGAGUUGGACUGCGUUUUGCGGGGGGGGGUGGGGGUCGAAGAGCGGCGGCGGAAGAGCAGCGGGUCGGCUUCUAAGGGCCCGUGUGUGUCGCUGCUCGUGAGCGAGCGAGACGGACAGAAGUCGUUGAGACUUCUCCCCUGGAGCUUCUGUGCCGAGAAUCCGAUGUUGGGCUCGGCUACCUGGCUGAACACAGCAGAUCAGCCCAUGAAAACUUCUAUUCCUAGCCAAAGGAAGGAGUCCAGCGAAAGGCAGCACCUAGUCUUUCAGGCUUGGAAGCAAGAAAGGGGACAGGAGUUGGACAGUGUGGAAUCUGAGAAGACAACUGAAAGGUGACAUUUAAGUUGAAGAUGGGUGGUGGAGAAAGGUUUAACAUUCCAGUUCCACAGGCUAGAAAUACCACCAAGAACCAUCAACAACUUAAAAACAGACAGAAGAGUAAAGAUCAGAACUCUCAGAUGAAGAUGACCUAUAUGAAGAAGGAAAGAGGACAUGGAUGCAACUCAUCGGCUGCAUGGCAGGCCAUGCAGAAAGGGGGAAAGAACAAUGUUCACUUUCCCAAUAAUCAAAAUUGGAGUCCUAAUUUAUCAAGUCCCAACUUGUUUUUCACACCUCAAACCAAUCAGAACUAUGCUGGAGCAAAAUUUAGUGAGCCACCCUCACCAAGUGUUCUUCCUAAGCCACCAAGCCACUGGGUACCUGUUUCUUUUAAACCUUCUGAUAAAGAAAUAAUGACAUUUCAGCUUAAAACAUUACUUAAAGUCCAGGCUUGAGAUGUAACUUUAAAUAUUCUUAGUUAUUUAAAUUUACAGGGUUUCAAAUUUGAGAAUAGGCAUUUAUAACUCCAGAUAUAAAGGUAGAUGGAACUAGCUGUUCUUGCUGCAUAUAGUUGGCCUGCUGGAAGGGGAGCAGGGAUAGUUUACAUACCCCUCCAGUGCUUCACCUCAAAAACUGUACUGCUUGCAUUUCACUGUGAAAAAGAUAUUUCAUCUAUAGUAAACUUCAGCUCAGAGCAAGUUGCUGAUUCUUGCUUUUCCUGUGGCAGAUCUGGAUCGUGUGUCAAAAUUUGAAAUUGUGACUACUUCCUUGUAUAGUAUUAGGAAUGGUAUUAGAAAACCACCUUUUGCCUAACUUAAUGCAGCAUUAACUGGGGAAAAUACACUGAAAGCUUUAGUCAGUUACUUUGUUUUUUAAACUUGCUAGAUAUAUAAAAGCUCUGCAGAGCAGACUUCCUAGCAGAGGAGAUUUCCACCUAGGUGGUACUAGUAGAAAAUGCAGAGUUCUUAAUAUCUGUGAGCUUUUAUUUGGCACUCUUGAAUCACUGGACAAGCAUUCAAGCCUGUGACUAAAACUUAGGUGUAGGAAAUUGGCUCCUUAAAUAUUUUCGCAUGGAUAGAAUCAGGCAAAUCAGUAUUUUGGUCUUUAUCCAGCUCUAGAAAUUUCAUGGAAAUCUCAAGUCAAACUGUGCCAACUAAUGACAUACUUUACAUUGCCAGAUGACUGCCAGAAACUUAAACCUUUGUAUUUUGAUUGCACUGAUAAGUUUUAAAAUGCAUUUUUGUAUCAAUUUUGUAAUUGUGAAAAGAAAAGGAGUAGAGUUACUUGGGCUGGUCUUAAAUUGGUUACCCUGUAAUACUGUUCUAAGUUACUGUAGCUUGCGGCAGGUAUAAAAUGAUUUCGUAGAUAGGGAAAAAGAGCCAUGUAAAUACAUGUAAAACUUUGUAGCAUAUGUAAAUUUAUGCUGGGCUUUCCUGCACAAAAGUAUUUUUAGUACAAAACUGCUGAAUGUAAGAUGACCAUGCUGAGUACAUGGCCUGAUUUAAUUAAAAAAAAAUAUUUUGUUUAAGGAAAAAAAGCCUAAAAGCACACUUGUGGCUGUGCCCUUGCACUUAACGUAUAGUGAACAUGCACGUUUGUCUUUGUAGGCUCAUUUCUUAAAAUAAACUCAGUGCAAAAGAGGCUUAUUUAGAAUUUUGUAAUAAUAACAAUUAAAAAAACUUAAAAAAACAUCAAAUCUAAGGUGCUCAUGUUCUGAAUGUAUAGGAGAGACGCAUGUUAAAUGAUCAGAUUGCAAAGUGUUUAAAAUCAAUUGGAUGUCUCAUAAGAAUAGCAAACUGCUGAGCUUAGGAACCUGAUCAGAACUGAGCUGUUGUGAUAAUGUUUCAAUUUCUGAAAUCAGUCACUGCUACAACACUAUUCUGUCCCAGGAUUUACUAGUUACCAACAAUUUCAGCAGUGAAAUGAAAAAUAAGUUCUAAUAAUACUCAGUGUAUAGAUUUCAGUGCUGCCGCAAUUCAGUUGAUCUUGAUUAAAAACAACUGAACUGUCAUCAACAAAUUGAGGUUACUUAAAAAUAGUAGUUAACAACUAAUUUAACUUCAAAGUGAUUUUUGUAAUUGUAAAAUGUUUUAAAAUACGUUCUUCCUAUACAUUCAAAAUGUGUUGGCAGCUGCUCGAAUGUUUACAAAUACAUUGUUCCAAAUAGGAUGGAAUUGGCAGUCUUCUAAAUUGUGUCUUUGACCUGGAUUUUCACCAAUGUAAGCUGUAACCCAACUAGAAUUGUGUAAACUCAAUUUCAAAAUGUUAAUUACUAACUGUAAAAAUUGGAAACAACGUAAAUUGAAUAAAUUGAAUGUUUCUCCCCCCAAA